AUGGCAGUGACUACUCGGCUGCUGACGUUCAGGGGUCACCGCGACUCCGUCAAUACAUUGCUAUGCGAGGAGGACGUACACCCGAAUGUACUGGCGUCUGGUAGCGACGACGGCACGUGCCGGCUGUGGGAUAUUCGCACCACUCGAGUGACCAAGUGUUUCAACGUCAAGAAAGCUCUAGGCACGCCCAACAUGGACGAGAGUGCUGUCAACUCGCUGGUCUUCGGCAAGGCCUCAGCAGGCACAGAAAGCGCAUACAUCUACGUGGCGGCAGGCAACUGCGCGGACCGCGAGGUGUUCCAAGGCAAUGAGGACGAGAUCAACGUGCUUUCACGACACCCAGGGAAGCACGGCAAGUUCCUGUCGGCUCCUGACGACGCGGGCGAUAUCUGCGUGUACGAUGUCGAUAGUCAUAAACUCUUCAAGACGCUGCGAGGUCAGCACGCCAACAUUUGCAGCACGGCGCCCUUCCGCCCAAACGCUCCUUGGGACCUCGUUUCUGGAGGGAUGGAUGGCCUGCUGCUCUGCUGGGAUUUUUCUCGCGGUAGAGUCAAGUUUAGCAUCGAUCUUAAUACGGGUGUGAAUGAGUUGGGCAAUAGCGCUUCCGCUGACGAUGCCGGCUCGAGCACCCAGCAAAUGUUUAACCCGCCACUGGUGCACUCGCUGGCCUUCGCACCAAAUGGCAAGUCAUUUGCAGCCGGACUGGGAGAUGCCAGCAUUGCAGUUGUAAACUUCGGAUCGAAGCAAAUUGUGCGCCGGCUAAAGCACCACAAUGCUAUGGUUUCUCAGGUGCUCUUUCCUGCGUUCAGCCCCGAGAGCCGUCUCGUGUCCACCGCCAACGACGCAAAAGUGUGUGUUUGGGACUAUGAAGCUGCCCUCUCGUUUAACGUGCCUGACGCCACCAUCGAUAUCGACCCCAUGGCACCGAAUCCGCUCGUCGUCACGGAGUUCGCACUGGCCAACAGUCCCAAUGCUAUCACAACCACGAGCCAGCAGAACCUGGUCGUUGUUGCCGAUGUAUCUAAGGAGAUUUUAGUGUAUUCGGUGGUAUAA